AACAAUAGAAUUUCCACACAGAGAAGGAUAUACGUAUGAAGCAUUGAAAUGAAUGUAAAAAUGAGCACUACGACGACGACGACAACAACACCAAACAGACAAAGGACCCAAGACGACGACGACGUUGAUGAUGUUGAUGGCCAAAAAGAAAUUUUUUUUUAUUGUAUCUUUGUGAAAUCAUUCAUGUAUCAUAUUGGUAUGCUACUUCUAUUGAUGGGAAUGGCACACACACAUACAAAGUUAAGGGGAAAAAUGAUGAUUUUAAACAAUGAUGAUUGCUACAUUAAAUGCUGCUACCUUUUUUGUUUAGCUUUUGUGAUUUUUUUUUUGGUCGAUGUACAGGCAUUUGCUUUAAUUUGAAUUGUAAAAUGAAUACCGCUACUAUAUUAAAGUUGUAGCAGCUGUAUUCAUUUUUUGUGACUCAUAAAUUACAUCCGUUCAUAAAUGACGUGUAUUUGUAAUAUAUGUUGACUUUUUUGUGUGCAAUUUUUUCGAUCGAUUGAAAAAGCGAUACACACAUGAUAAUGCUGGUUUAGGGUUAGCAAUUUAACAAUGUCAGCAACAUAAAGCAAUCGGCAAUCAUUAAAAAAUUAAUAAAUGAGAUAUAUAAGAUAUAUCCAUCAUCAUCAUCAUUACAAUUUCAUAUUUGAAAUUCAUCGUUUGGUGCAAUAUAUUCACAACUGCACACAUUCUUACACAUUUGUAUUGUAACAAAAUCAGGUUCUCAACCUAGACGCGCACACCACAAUAUCGGGGCUGGUGAAUCCUGAAAGAAAGAAAGAAAAAGUUGACCCGAUGUUAUCAUGACACACCUGGUGCACGAGUUUCAUCUAUGACCUUUUUUUGUUUGUCCAGGUCGAUAUGGAGAAUUCAUAAAAUCAUAGUAAAAGAAAAACUUUCACUCAAUUCACACCACUACUUGACCUUUUACAUUUGACCAUACGCAAAAACCGGUCUCGAUUUUGUAUUUUGUUAUUAUCCAAACAAUGAUAUUAUCGAUGUUUGAAUUAUUUCGGCGAUUCUUAGAAUAAAAUAUAAUAUCAAUUAUGCUAAACGCGAGCAUAAAUAUUCGAUUUGCAGGAAUCACCAUUUUUUUGAAAUGAUGGAAUCCAAUUCGAAAGAUAUCUAAAGACAAAUAAACAAUCGAAAACAGUAUAGUCACUAUCGAUUCGACGUCCAUCAUUUUAAUCACAUGAUGAGUUAGUAGUUAGUAUAUUUUCUUUGCUUCCAACCGUGAAAAAUGGAGUAACUUUAUCUCAACUAUUUUAUAUGCUUCUCCUCGUCUCUAGAUUUUUUCAAGUGAGAAAAAAUUGCACACACACAGUUUACCAGUGCAGAAUUUGAUAUUGUCGAAUUGUGAAUUUGUGGAAAAAAAUUGGAAUUUUUUUUCGAAUUUGAUUCUUUCCGAUUCGAAAAUUCGAACAAAAUCAUGAAAUUAGAUCCAAGUACAAUUGCAGCCAAUCUAUCGGCUGCAGCGGCUGCUGAAGCUGAAGCUGCAGCUGCUGCAUCACAAAAUAAUUCAUCAAACAUGCCAAUGUUGUUAACAUCAUCAUCUUCAUCAACAGUAUCGACAUCAUCAUCAAUGGCAAUGGCAUCGAUAGCGGCUACUACUGGUGGUGGUGCCAUAUCCAAUCAAUCCAGUAUAAAUUCAUCGUCAUUAUUGUCCAAUUCAAAUCCAUCAUCAUCAAUUACGAAUUCAUCACAACAAUCGGCCACUAUAGUGACAAAUAUGGCCCAACAUCAUCAUCAUAAUCAUAAUAAUCAUCAUCAUCAUCAUCAUUCAACACAACAGCCAACAUCAACAUCACAAUUAAAUCAAACAACAGGAACCAAUUCAAUGACCAAUAAUAGCUCAGGGUCAUCAUCGAUGGCUAAUAAAAUAACACCAAAGGAUUCACAAGUUGUCGCUGCCAUUCUAAAAGAGAUGGGCAUUAAUGAAUUUGAACCACGUGUAUUACCACAAUUAGUCGAAUUUGCUUAUCGUUAUGUUGCACGUGUUUUGGAAGAUGCACAAUUAUUUUCAUCAUAUGCACGUAAAAAAGUAAUCGAUACCGAUGAUGUAAGUCUCGCUAUUCAGAUGCAAAUCGAUCGAUCAUUUGUUGGUCCACCAUCUCGUGAUAUUCUGCUGGAAAUUUCACGUAACAAAAAUACUCAACCAUUACCACCGAUUAAAUCACAUAAUGGUAUGCGUUUACCGGCUGAUCGGUAUAGUCUUGUGGCACCGAAUUUUCGUCUAAUUUCCAAACCGAUCAAUACAACCACAAUAGUUAAUAAUAAUCAAAAUCAAAACAAUAAUAAUAAUGCUAAAUCAAUCAAUAAAACGGUUGUUCGUACAGUAUCAUCAUCAUUAUUAUCCAAUACUUCUACUGGUGCUGGUAGUUCAUCGUCGUCAUUUAUGAAUUCAAAAAUUUCUCUUCACUCUCCAGUUAUGGCUAGUCCAACGGCGGCUGGUGCCAAUCAAAAUAUUCAACAGCAGCAGCAUCAGACAAAGAAUUCGAUUAUGGAAUCUGUUUUUGGCAAACGAAAAUUGGAUGAUAUUUAAUUGAUAAAUUUUACUCACAUUUUUUGUAUCUCGAAUCAUUGAUUAAUUUUUUUUUUUUUGUAAAUAAAACAAACCUAUUACAAUUACAAUAUA